AUUGCAUCGAACACUUUAUUCUCCCGCCUCAGUUUCAAUGGCAAUUUUCCUUCGCCACUCUCUUCCACAAGUCGGCAAAGCAGAGAGAUCAUUGAAUGCGCUUUCAUCAGACAAGAGCACACGACUGGAUGGUCUACAGCAGACCUAUUAAAAAAUCAUCCAGUUGCAUUGCGGAGCUUUGCAACAUUCCCCUGUCUGGCCAAGAUCUGGGUGCUCAACCUGAAAGACCAUUGCACACAGGAGCAUGGGCUGGAGGUGUAUAACUGGAAUGAUGUUGCUGUGCAUAGCUUUCUCACUGCUCUCUGUGAAAUGUAA